CUCGGACACAUCUGAUGUUUUCUGAUCUAGUGUGAGUUAAAACUGAUCUGAAUCUGUGUGUCUCUGCUGAAGAUCCUGUAAUAGAUAUGGAUCUCAAACUAAUAUUUUCCGGAUUCUUCACGUAUAUUCCAUUUUCAUCUAGCUAGAUCAUCGUUUAUGUUCUUCUCCAGAUGUUUUUAUUCUAACAUCAAAAUCAAGCAGAUGAAUUUCUCACUGUUGGAGUUAGACUUUUUUCCCAUGGCUAAUUUUUUUAAAUAAAGAAAAGAAAAACCAUGUCUCCACUAUGAUCUUGACAGGAUCACUAUAUAUUUUUAAAUUCAUAAAUUACUAAUUAAUAAAUUUCCUCAGGAAAUAUUAUCGUGGAUUUGUCAAGUGGCUAAAUAUCUUAAUUAAAUAAUUCAAUAAUGAAUAAGGUUCCUGAUUAAUUAAUUAAAUUAUAGGGUAUUGAGACCAGAUCUCCAUAAGAAACACGUUACCGUUUGACCACCUCUUCUCUUCCAUUAUCAUAUAAAUAUCUUUUUCUUCUCAUCGAUCUCUCUCUCUUGAAGUUAUAUUCUUUUGCUUGUUAAUUUGAUAGGUUCCUUAGAGCAGCAACUAAGAAGAAGAAGAAGAUGAUGAUGAACAGCUGUGGACUCCAGCAAAACUCCGAGAUGAGGAGAGACACCGUUGUUUGCCCUAAACCACGCCGUGUCGGUGUACUCAACAACCAUCACCUUGCUCGAUCUCUUCGAUGGCAAGUCAGUCAGCAGAUGGAUCUAUGCGAAUCGAAUUCACGAGGCAAGAUAUUUGAUUUCAUCCUCGCUAAUGGUAAUGGUUAUGAACAAGACCCGAAGAUGACGUCAUCGCCGCCGCUGUUCUUUACAGGGUCGCCGCCGACUAGAGUUUCUAACCCUUUAACAAAAGACUUACUCUUUCGGGACGAGCUUCUCGUGGUGGCUCCUCCUCCGUCCACUCCACGAGCAACCAAGCCACCACCGCCGUCGUCUCCAAGGAACGGUGGUGGAUGUGUUCGGGUGAGUACUAACUUCGGGAACAAUCCUACGGUUCGAGUCGUUGGAUUCAACUGCCUUGACAGGGACAGACGCAGCAGCGUUCCGACUCUUGCAUAAGAGUCUCCCAAAAACGCUGAAACGAGAGAUAAAUGCAAAUAUAUAACAGAGAAAGGGUAAAAAGAAAUUUAAAAAGGUUUAGGAAAUGAUUAAUGAUGUGAUCAUGUUGGGUGUAUAUUUUGGUGGAAAAUAUGUAAACGUCAUGAAAGAAGAGGGUAGUUUUUAAAGGGGCUGUUAUAUAAUUUUUGGUUUUGAGUGUCCGAUUUGGGAAUUUUUGUAAAGUAAAAAGGGAGAGAGAGAGAGAGAGAAGGGUUUGUGAGUGUUUCAGUGUUCGGUGUCUUUAGUGAAAAUAACAUCACUGUAAAAAAAGGAAAGAGUUUUGAAAUGUGAAUAUAUCUUUACUCUAUUGUA